CGCGCCCACAUUGACGUCACACAAUACUUUGAAUAAAUGCUUGAGGGAUUCCCUGCCCCGGCAGAUACUGAAUUGAAAACUGCUCUUGUCUGUUGGGCAGCACUUGUUAUAAACGAAGGAAGUAUAUUGCACAAGGUCGUUCUGUUUGGAGUUAAUGAAUGGAUUCAGCGUGUUUCUCCCACUCUCAGCGCAUUGCCUGCCAUAUCAUGAGCCCGGAUUUAUUUAAAGCCAGCACAGAGAGGACACAAGUUGCCCAGACGCCAAAACCGAGCCGAAGUAAAUCAGAACUGGUCCGUCCUGAGCUGGCUCAGGUCGUGACUGAUUCAAAGACGGGGAGAUGUUACUGCAAAGGAAAACUGAUGGGAAAGGGUGGCUUUGCACGCUGCUAUGAAAUGACAGAUAUGGCCAGCAACAAGAUGUAUGCUGUGAAAGUAAUACCACAGAGCAGGGUGACAAAACCACACCAGAGAGAGAAGAUCACAAAUGAGAUUGAACUCCACAAAACACUUCACCACAGGCAUGUAGUCAAGUUUUCCCAUCAUUUUGAAGAUGGUGACAACAUCUACAUUUUCCUGGAGCUUUGCAGUAGAAAGUCACUUGCACAUAUAUGGAAGGCACGGCACACAUUGACAGAUCCAGAAGUGAGAUACUACCUCAAACAGAUCAUAUCAGGACUGAAAUACCUCCAUAACAGAGGGAUCCUUCACAGGGACCUCAAACUAGGUAACUUUUUUAUAAAUGAGAACAUGGAGUUGAAAGUGGGAGACUUCGGAUUAGCUGCCAAGCUGGAGCCUGCAGAACAAAGAAAAAAAACGAUUUGUGGCACUCCCAAUUAUCUUGCACCAGAAGUACUGAACAGGCAAGGGCAUGGACCAGAGUCAGAUGUGUGGUCCCUGGGCUGUGUCAUGUACACGUUGAUGUGUGGGAACCCACCUUUCGAGACGUCUGAUCUGAAGGAGACAUACCGGUCCAUAAAGGAGGUGGAAUACAUGUUGCCACACUUCCUGUCCCUUCCUGCUCAAAAGCUGAUUGCAGGGCUCCUGCAGCGAAACCCUUCCGAUAGGUUGACUCUGGAUGAAAUCCUCAACCAUGAGUUCUUUACAAAGGGCUUUACCCCUGACAAACUGCCUCCAAGUAGCUGUGUGAUGAUACCUGAGCUUAACCCUCCAAGUCCUGCCAAGAAGUUUUUCUCCAAGGUGGCUAAGAGCCUCUUUGGCAAAAAGAAAUCUAAAGCUGAGAAGAGCCCUAGUGAAGAGCGGGAAGACAUCUCAAAGCUGGUGACUGGCAUUGUCAAGACUUCCAUCAGCCGACAGAUGAGCUACAAGACUGUAGAAGGAAAUGAGGCAACAUCUCCCAAUGGUCAGCUUGCUAGCUCCAGCCCAAGUCCCACCCAGGCUGAGGAAGAGUCCAGGAAGUCUGUAUCUCGCUCCUUCAAAGGCACUAUGGCCAGCAACAGUGAUGCUUGUGACGAUGGCAUCACUGCAACUGCUGUGGCUGAAUCGGCAAUCAAAGUCCUAAAGAACUGCCUGUCUUCAAUGCCGUCAGCAUCCUUGAACCCCCCAUGUCUGUCCAAGCCUAGUCCAUUUGUGUGGGUCACCAAGUGGGUGGAUUAUUCAAACAAGUAUGGAUUUGGCUACCAGCUGUCCAAUCAAAAUAUUGGGGUCCUGUUUAAUGAAGGGACACACUUGAGUCUCUGUGAUCAGCGCAGAACGGUCCACUACUACUUGACAAACAGUAAACACUUCACCUUCCCUGCCACUGCUGUCCCAGAGCAGCUGCACAGCCAGAUGCAUAUUGUAGAAUAUGUUGCUAACUACAUGGAGCAGAACUUGAUGGAGGGCGGUGACAUCCAGUGUUGGGAAGACAAGUUAUCUUCCCUGCUGCUGCUUCAGUGGGUCAAAACUGACCAUGCUUUAGUGAUGCUCUUCAGCAAUGGAACGCUACAGGUCAACUUCUACACUGACCACACCAAACUCAUCCUGUGCAAGUCUAAAGACUCCUACCUCCUCACCUACAUCAGCAAAGACCGGGUGUCGUUCACUUACAAGCUGAGCACACUGGCAGAGCAGGGCUGCUCUUUAGAGCUGCGGCACCGUCUCAGAUAUGUCCUGCAGCUUCUGCAGCACAAAUCUGAUGCAUAAUGAGUGAGAGACAAAAGGAUUGCACAUGGAUUCCCUCGAACCUCAGGGGGGGACCAUGGUCAUUUUGCAUUGCUUCUUCUGGGGAGCAAAUAAUGGGACUCCUUUUACUGUGAUGUCUCAGUUUCUAUGGCUAGUGUCUGGCCUCUUUUGGACUAUGGUGCAAAAACUAUCUUUCCUUUUAUUUUUAUUUUUUUUUGGGGGGGGGGGGAGAGUAAGCCUUUUAACUGACUGCAAUAUCACUACUCCCUUUUUACACAUGUGCACAAUUGUUUCUCGCACCCGAGCCUUUUCACCGAAGGUUUACACAAAGAGCUGUUACCUGGCCGAGCAGGCUCUGUCAGGAUGGACAUGUAGGCUCAAACUUAAAUUUUAUGUGUGGAAAUCACUUCCCAUUUCAAGCUACUUUGAAAGGAGAAUGAAAACUGAGUCACUACUGGCACACAACUAUAUAUGUGAAGGGAAUAAAAUUGUAGUUUUAGAUUUGCACUGUAAUGCUGUUUAUUUUUGGGGAUUCUUGUGUCGCUAAAUGUAGUUCUUAUUUGGUAAUUUUAUAGCUGCCAGUUAUUUUUAUUUGAUAAAACUGUAGAAACCAAAAGUAGGUCAUUGCUUUUUAAAAAGACUAUUUAAAAGCUGAAAGGUGGAAGGACAAGUUUGAUCAUGCUUUUCAAGUGAAUGUAAAAGUGCCUUUUCAGUGACUGUCUGGAAUGUGCAAUUACUUUUUUUUUUUUUUUUUUUUUUUUUUUUUUUUUUUUUUUUUGCAUAUUUUGCAGUAAUGGAACCCCCCCCCCCAACCAAAAGGUUUUUAGGCCUUUUUCCCCACGAUUUUAAAUGACACUUGUGUAACUGUUACUUGAUUUGGUAAUCUGUGUCCAUCUCAGAUCAGUCAUGUUCUUUUUCUUAUCCCUGUGCAGACUGUUACCUUUCAACCUAAGUGUUAAUGCAUUUCGAAAUGUUUAUUUCCUGUAAUGUUAGCAAGGUUGGACAAAGGACAAUCUCUCUUUCAUGCUAUUUUGAUGUGUAUUUUUUUUCUCAACCACAUCUGUCCUGUUUGUUUUUUAUGUAGUAAAAUAUAUAAUUUAUAUUUUUAUUUAUUAAAUUUACUUAUUUAUUAUGUACAUCUUUUUGGGUAAUGUCAACACCAUGGCAAAAUGUUGUCCUUUAAUUAUGACUAAACCUACUUUUUUUUUUUU